GCUAGAGGCGCAGCGGAGCCCUGCAUCCCGCUCCGCUGAAAGAUGUGAAAAUGGCGGAGCUACAAAUGCUUCUAGAAGAGGAGAUUCCAGCGGGGCGAAGCGCUCUGCUGGACAGUUUCACCAACUUGGAAAGAGUAGCCGAGUACUGCGAAAGCAACUAUGUCCAAUCUCCAGACAAGCAGAGGGCGCUGGAGGAGACAAAGAACUACACAACCCAGUCGCUGGCCAGCGUGGCCUAUUUGAUCAACACGCUGGCCAACAAUGUGCUGCAGAUGCUCGACAUCCAGGCGUCGCAGCUGCGCCGCAUGGAGUCCUCCAUCAAUCAUAUCUCACAGACGGUGGACAUCCACAAAGAGAAAGUAGCACGGCGAGAGAUUGGCAUCCUCACCACCAACAAGAACACGUCCCGCACGCACAAGAUCAUCGCCCCGGCCAACCCGGAGAGGCCCGUCCGCUACAUCCGCAAACCCGUCGACUACAGCCUGCUGGACGACAUGGGCCACGGAGUCAAGUGGUUGCAAAGGUUUAAGGCCAGCGCUCAGAACAUGAAAACCGGGGGAGGCGCUCUUCCUCGCACCAACCCCCCCACACAGAAGCCCCCCAGCCCGCCCAUGUCGGGAAAAGGAACCCUUGGGCGCCACUCCCCCUUCCGGACGCUCGAGCCGGUGCGUCCGCCCGUUGUCCCUAACGACUACGUCUCGAGCCCGACGCGCAACAUGGCGCCCCCUCAGCAGAGCCCUGCACGCACCGCGUCCGUUAAUCAGAGGAACCGCACGUACAGCAGUGGGAGCAGCGGGGGAAGCCAUCCCAGCAGCAGUCGCAGCAGCAGCAGGGAGAACAGCGGCAGCGGAAGCGUGGGUGUGCCUAUCGCCGUGCCGACGCCAGCCCCGCCCACAGUAUUCCCAGGUUCAGCCCCUCCCCCACCCAACACAGCCAAAUCUCCCCCUAACACUGCCACCACCCCUGGGCCGCCUCCUCCUGUCCUAGACGGCCCCCAACAAGCCCCUAACCCCACCGUUGAGAUUCCACCUGUCCCCCCACCCCCUCCUCAGCUCCCUGCCUCCAUGGCCCCCACAAACACCGGCCCUGCUUCUUAUGGCAACCCCGCACAAGGUGCUCCUCAGUUCUACAGCAUGAACCGCCCAGCACAGCAGCCCCAGAACCCCCAGGUCGGGGGAUCCCUGCCGUUCCGCCGGCCGUCGUCUGUCACAGGCCAGCCCAAUGCAGCCCACCACAACCAGAGCCAGCUGAACGGAGGGCCGCAUUUUGUCCAGAACCAAGCAGGCCCACACGCGCCCCCUCCCCCAUCCAUGCAGAUCACCCCCCAGCUGCCUCUCAUGGGCUUUGUGGCCCGAGUUCAGGAGACUAUUUCAGACGUGCCGCCUCCGCCGCCACCUGCUGACGACCCGGUCUUCGAGGAGCCUACACCGCCACCUCCUCCGCCUGAGGACUACGAGGAUGACGAAGAAGAAGAGGAGUCGGCAGUGGUGGAGUACACCGACCCCUACGCCGAGGAAGACCCGCCGUGGGCCCCACGCAGCUACUUGGAGAAAGUGGUGGCCAUUUACGACUACACCCGCGACAAAGAGGACGAGCUAUCUUUCCAGGAGGGCGCCAUCAUCUACGUGAUCAAGAAGAACGACGACGGCUGGUUCGAGGGCGUGAUGAACGGGACCACGGGCCUCUUUCCCGGCAACUACGUGGAGUCCAUCAUGCACUACGCCGACUGAGCGGCCCCGCCUCGCAUCCUUUAAGCAGAGAGCGAAGCCUUGGAUCAGACGGAGCACGUUCUCCAUCCGAGCGAAGCGGUUCUAAAAGACACUACAAAAACUGGGGGUCGUUCUUUCGACAGAGUUGACGCCAUUGUAAAACAACCACUCUAGAUAUAUCUUUCCUCAUUAUGUUUCUUUCUUUCUUUGACCAAGCAGGAGUGUUACGUUAUAAAGCCACUACAUAGAUUUUUUUUUUUUUUAUGUUUACCAAUUUGCCCUUAUUUUAAACGAUAUUUAUUUGUAAGUGGAGAAAGGGCUGGAGGAAAAUGCCUUCAUUUGUAGAUUUCUCCUCAACACUCCAGAGACAACAAGAUCCUCAACAAAAGGGGGCGGGGAUUGCAGAUUUCCGGUCGGGUACCUCAGGGACGGUGCCAAAGCUGAGCAAGACAAGCACAUGGGAUGUCUUAGCGCGACAUCAGUAGGCAAACGAGUGCUUUAAAGUAGUUCUGCUUAAUUUUUGCAAAGUUAAUUUAAAAAAAAGUGUAACUUUCAGGCCUGGUUGAUUCACUCUCCUCAUUGCAAGCCGGCGUGCAAAUUGUUGAAGCGAAGGAAUCCUCAUCCAGCCCUGGAAUAACACAAAACCUUUGUAAGGCGCAACAUCUUUUCUCUUUUUUUAAUUUUUUCCAGUUACCUCUAUGGGUUUUAGCUUGCAGAGCAUCAGACUGCAUGAUUUCCUAUCGAUUACCAUCUUAAUAUUUUCAGAUAUGGUGUGGUUUGGUUUUCUAUAUUCGCCCUCUACGCAGACGACGACGUCGUAUCUCGGUCAUCUCAGACGCUUGUGCCAUAUUGAAGUGUGUGUUGCUGUUCAGAGGUUAUCUAUCACUUCAUUUGCAAUAAACUCGCCUGGUGGGGGAGGGGUAGAGAGGGUGGGGGGUGUCUUAGGGUUUGACUGGUACUGAAAUGCAAAGCUUUCUCAGCGUUUCCCGAGUUUUAAAUCAAAAAGCACAUCAAGUUUCUUAUAAAAUGGUGUAGAAAAAGAAUAUAACUGUGAGAUGUAUAAUGUCCUCACAGAGGGACUUAUUGAAUAUGAAAAGAAGCCAGCUGUUGUGUUUAAAUGGUUUUAGCGGCCAUAGUAAUGAACAAAAAAAAAAAAAAA